AUGGACAAUUGCAACGUGGAAGCCUACAAACUCGUGAGGAACAUUGUCGUGCAAGAAAUGCUGCACUUUGCCCAGGCAGCAAACAUCCUGAUAUCCAUAGGAGGGAAGGUAAGAAUCGACAGCAAAGACACUGUCCCCCAUUUUCCUACAACACGCCUUCCCGGAGGGGUUCUUCCGAAACUAACACUAACUCUCGAAAAGUUUACAAUGAAACAUGUCUACGAGAACUUCAUGGCUCUCGAGGUACCCGCAUACUCAACUGUCCCUAAACCCCACGCACAUUGGAAUACAAUUGGACAAUUCUACGAAGAAAUUCAAAAGUGCAUGGAGACGCUGGGAGACGAAAAUAUUCAAGAAACCAAACGAAGAUAG